AUGAGGCCUCAGAAUCCUCCCCCAGGCUGGCGUCCCCCUCCACCCGGCGCCGCUCCCCCGUACGUCCCGCCUCCCGGAACCGCUCCGCCAGCACGACCGGGUUUCCCCCCGGGCCAACACCCCCCGCAGCAACAAGGAUUUCCGCGCGGACCCCCUGGUCCGGGGCAGGUUCCGCCUGGUGCGCCGGGAUCCGCGCAGCCGCCUGGCGCAAGGCCCGCCGGAUCUCCGUUCCCCGGGGGACCGUUCGCCGGCCCUCCGCCGGGUUCACGGCCCGCAGGUCCGCCUCCCCCAGGGGUUGCGCCGCCCGGCGCGCGGGGCCCGCCAGCUGGAUUUGCGGGUCCGCCUGCGGGUUUCCAAGGGCCUCCCGCGGGUGGCCCGCCAGGAAGAGCAGCCCAUCCGCCUGGCCCCUUCGCGGGCCCCCCGGGGGGUGGACCGCGCCCUGGCGGUCCUCCGCCGGGUUCCGCUCCGCCAGGCGCCGCUCCCCCUGGCGCGCCCCCCCCCAGCGGUCCCCCUUCCGGAUACCCUGGUGCGCCGCAGCAGUACCCUGGCUACCCCCCGCAGCAGCAGGCCCCCCCGCCGCCGGCGCAAUCCCGCCCUCCGCCUACCGGACCCACGCCGUAUGGUCCCCCAUCGUACGGCGCUCCGCCGCAGCCCGCGCAGCCAGGCGCGCCUCUUAACGCGCCUGGAGGCCCUCCCCCGCCCUUCGGCGCGCCUCACCCUCCGCCUGGCGCUGCGCCGCCGUCUUGGGGGGGAGCCGCCGCGCAAUCCGCUCCGCCAACUCAGCAAAUGAGCGCGCUAGCUAUGGGCAGCCCUCCGCCUCCCGUCCCGGGGCAAUAUGGUGCAACCCCCGGGUCCGCCCAGGGGCAAUACGCGCAGCAUACUCCGCCUCCGCCCGGGUCAGCGCCGGGGCAGUACGGGCAGCACGCGCCGCCUCCGCCGUUCUCCGCCGCUCCCCCGACAGGCCCUCCGCCUGGCGGAGCCAUGAUGCCCGGCGCGGGCCCUCCGCCGCCCUUCGGCGCCCCCCCGACAGCUGGCGCGGCGCAGCGACGCGCGUAUCCCAUGCCCGCGGGAACGCCUCCGGGCGUGGGCGCGCCCUCUCAGUCCCCAGGAAUGGGCGGACAUGCGCCCCCCUCCCCCGGGAUGGGCGCGCGGCAGCCCAUGGCGCCCUUCACAGGCCAGGCGGCGGGGCAGCAGGGGUCGGCGCCUGGGUCUCGGAUCGACCCCAACCAGAUCCCGCGCCCCCCGCCCCCCGCGGACGCGUUUCUCUUUGAGACGCGGGUCAAUGGCACAGCAAAUUUGCCCCCGGCCGCCACGUCAUCGUUUGUGGUUCGCGACACGGGUAACUGCAGCCCCCGGUUCAUCCGAGCGUCGCUGAACCAGAUACCUCUCUCUGCAGAUCUUCUCACCACCUCCGCCAUGCCUCUCAGCAUCAUGAUUCAGCCGUUCGCCCUGCAGGACCCGGCUGACACGCCCGUGCAUGUGGUGGAUUUCGGUGAAAUGGGACCUGUCAGGUGCCACCGCUGCAAGGCAUACAUCAACCCGUUCAUGCGAUUCGUGGACCACGGGAGGAAGUUCAUUUGCAAUCUCUGUGGCGUCUCCAACGAGACCCCUCGCGAGUACGUGUGUAAUCUCGGCCCUGACGGCAGGCGGAGGGACGCGGAUGAGAGGCCAGAAUUGAUGCAUGGGAGCGUGGAGUUUGUGGCACCAAAGGAGUACUCGAUCCGAGAUGCCAUGCCACCAGUCUACUUCUUCCUGCUCGAUGUUUCUUUCAACGCUGUGGCGUCCGGGGCUGCCUCGGCUGCGUGCUCCUCCAUCUCUCGCAUUCUGCAGGACCUGCCUGAGGGCGGUCGCACGCUCGUUGCAUUUGCCACCUUCAACUCCACCAUCCAAUUCUACAGCCUCAACAGCUCUCUGGCGCAGCCAUCCAUGCUGGUGGUGCCUGAAGUGGAGGACGUAUACACUCCGCUGCCCUCCGACCUCAUCGUUCCGCUUGACGAGGCGCAGGAGAGGCUGCAGCAGCUGCUGGAGUCGGUCCCCCAGAUGUUUGCAGAGACACGCGUGGCUGACUCAUGCCUGGGGGCAGCGCUGCAGGGUGCUUUCCUAGCCAUGAAGAAAACAGGAGGCCGGAUCCUAGCCUUCCAGUCAGUUCUUCCUUCUGUUGGCAUCGGAUCACUUUCCUCUCGGGAAGCAGAGGGACGAGCAAACGCCACCGUUGCAGAUAAAGACGUGCUGAAGCUGCUGCAGCCAAACGACAAGCAGCUGAGGCCAAUGGCGGAGGAAAUGGCGGAUUUCCAAGUGGCGGUUGACGUGUUUCUGACCUCGCAGGGAUUUACCGAUGUGGCUUCCAUCGCUGUCAUUCCCAGGAUCACCGGCGGACAGCUCUACAGCUACUACCCCUUCAGUGCAGCGCAUGACGGGGGUAAACUGCAUAAUGACCUGCGCUGGGCUGUGAGACGGCCGCACACGUUCGAAGGGGUUAUGAAAGUGCGGUGCAGCCAGGGCCUGUCUGUGUCCGAUUACUUUGGCAACUUUCACCGCCGCAUCCCUGCCGAAAUAUAUCUGCCAGCGAUGGACAGUGACAAGGCCAUCAUGGCAACCAUCAAGCAUGAUGAGAAACUCGCAGAGAACAGCGAAGCCUGCUUUCAGUGCGCCAUUCUCUACACCACUACCACGGGGGAGAGGCGUGUGCGAGUGCACACCCUCUCGCUGCCCACCACUGCCUCUUUGGCCUCUGUGUUCCGAGGGGCCGAUCUGGACGCGCAAUUCGCAUACAUGCUCAAGACAGCUGCUGCGGAUGUGGUAACCCACCCAGUGCAGCCAGUGCGAGACGCAGCAGUGCAGACAGCAGUGAGCAUUCUCUACACCUACCGCAAGUUCUGUGCCACUGCUUCUUCUUCCGGGCAACUUAUCUUACCAGAGGCCCUCAAACUUCUGCCUCUCUACACUCUGGCCCUCCUCAAGUCGCAGGGCCUCAGAGGAGACGUGAAGGUGGACGAGCGCUCCGCCUGGCUGGCGAGAGUGCGGCCCCUCGCUGCCUCGCUCUGUGUGCCCUUGGUCUACCCGCGCCUCUUCGCCCUGCACCACCUCUUGAAGGAUGCAGCGAACCAGGAGCAGCAGAACGGGACAGAGGAGGAGCAGCAGCAUGAGCACCUGCCCUCUGCUCUCCCCCUCUCCAGUGAAAAGCUCGAGCCGGAUGGAGUGUUUUUGGUGGAGAACGGGGAGGAGGCGGUGGUGUGGGUGGGCAGGGAGGCGGACAGCCAUCUGCUCUUUGACCUCUUCGGCCUGCGAUCCGUUGAUGAAAUCGCUCCCGGCCCCUUCCUGCUGCAAGAGUUUGACAACCCUGCAUCGCGCAAGCUCAACGCCAUUGUGAACGAGAUUCGUCGCCAGCGGUGCUCGUACCUCAGGCUUCGGCUUCUCAAGAGAGGUGAUCCAUCAGAGAAUCUUUUCUUUCAAACGCUGGUCGAGGACCGUUCGCCGUCGGGGAUGUCCUACGUGGAGUUUUUGGUGAUGUCCGCUACAAGGGUGGCGCUGGACGUGCUCGGGCCCCGUUAUAAUGCAACUUUUAAUGUCAUGCCAGUGGUGGAGGUGGUGCCGUGCAAUAGCGAGGAUGCAGCAGUGGCAGCAGAGCUUUUAGGUUACAACUUUUUGAGUGAGGUUCGUCCCGACUACUGUGGAGGGAGCCAACUCCAUGAUUCCUCCGCUGCCUCAACCCCUCCCCUCACUGCCCACUGUUCCUCUCUCCCAUUCCCUCCUGCCCUCCCAUUCCCUCCUGCCCUCCCAUUCCCUCAUGCCCUCCCAUUCUCUCCUGCCCUCUCAUUCCCUCAUGCCCCCCCAUUCCCUCAUUCCCUCCCAUUCCCUCAUGCCCUCCCGUCCCCUCCUUUAUCCCUUCGCCUACCCGUUCAGCGUCUAGACUUAAUGAACGUGGUGGGACCUUCCUGCUUGGAGGCAGUGAGGGGAGCGAACCCCGUGCUCUUCCUAUUCCCUCCCUUCUCCCUUCCCCUGUUCUCCCAGCGUCUAGACCUGAUGAACGUGGUGGGGAUGGUGGGACCGGCAUGCUCCGAGGCUGUGUGGGGAGCCAACCCCGUACCCCCCAUAUACCCCGUACUCACCACAUACUCUCCCCCUCCCCUCUCCCCCCUUCCCCCCUCCUUCUCCCAGCGUCUAGACCUGAUGAACGUGGUGGGGGUGGUGGGGCCGGCGUGCUCCGAGGCAGUGAGGGGAGCCAACUCCGUGCUACAGCCCAAGGGCAUUCCCUACGUGUCGUUUGCUGCUACUGCUGAUAACAGUGUGAGUGAGUGCAUGAGUGAGUGCAUGAGUGAGUGCAUGAGUGAGUGCAUGAGUGAGUGCAUGAGUGAGUGCAUGAGUGAGUGCAUGAGUGAGUGCAUGAGUGAGUGCAUGAGUGAGUGCAUGAGUGAGUGCAUGAGUGAGUGCAUGAGUGAGUGCAUGAGUGAGUGCAUGAGUGAGUGCAUGAGUGAGUGCAUGAGUGAGUGCAUGAGUGAGUGCAUGAGUGAGUGCAUGAGUGAGUGCAUGAGUGAGUGCAUGAGUGAGUGCAUGAGUGAGUGCAUGAGUGAGUGCAUGAGUGAGUGCAUGAGUGAGUGCAUGAGUGAGUGCAUGAGUGAGUGCAUGAGUGAGUGCAUGAGUGAGUGCAUGAGUGAGUGCAUGAGUGAGUGCAUGAGUGAGUGCAUGAGUGAGUGCAUGAGUGAGUGCAUGAGUGAGUGCAUGAGUGAGUGCAUGAGUGAGUGCAUGAGUGAGUGCAUGAGUGAGUGCAUGAGUGAGUGCAUGAGUGAGUGCAUGAGUGAGUGCAUGAGUGAGUGCAUGAGUGAGUGCAUGAGUGAGUGCAUGAGUGAGUGCAUGAGUGAGUGCAUGAGUGAGUGCAUGAGUGAGCGCAUGAGUGAGUGCAUGAGUGAGUGCAUGAGUGAGUGCAUGAGUGAGUGCAUGAGUGAGUGCAUGAGUGAGUGCAUGAGUGAGUGCAUGAGUGAGUGCAUGAGUGAGUGCAUGAGUGAGUGCAUGAGUGAGUGCAUGAGUGAGUGCAUGAGUGAGCGCAUGAGUGAGCGCAUGAGUGAGCGCAUGAGUGAGCGCAUGAGUGAGCGCAUGAGUGAGCGCAUGAGUGAGCGCAUGAGUGAGCGCAUGAGUGAGCGCAUGAGUGAGCGCAUGAGUGAGCGCAUGAGUGAGCGCAUGAGUGAGCGCAUGAGUGAGCGCAUGAGUGAGCGCAUGAGUGAGCGCAUGAGUGAGCGCAUGAGUGAGCGCAUGAGUGAGCGCAUGAGUGAGCGCAUGAGUGAGCGCAUGAGUGAGCGCAUGAGUGAGUGCAUGAGUGAGUGCAUGAGUGAGUGCAUGAGUGAGUGCAUGAGUGAGUGCAUGAGUGAGUGCAUGAGUGAGUGCAUGAGUGAGUGCAUGAGUGAGUGCAUGAGUGAGUGCAUGAGUGAGUGCAUGAGUGAGUGCAUGAGUGCAUGA